UACACGAACUCCGCUUCACUUGUGUGUUUUUUUCUAAUUUUUCUGUCAUUAGACUAAUAAUUUGAUGCAUAUUUUGUAUGCAACAGUUCUUUUGACUUAAUAACGUGCUCUAUUAUGUACCAAAUUACCGCGGGGAAGUCUCUAAGUGGUUGUAAUAACUAAAAUCGAUAACAAUCAGUGAGCAACAAAGUUACCAAGAUGAAUUAUGAAGCCGAAAGAGCGAUGAAUCAGAAGCGGUUGCGAAUGGAGGCAGAGCCGGGCCAUGGGGUUGUCCAGGGGAACGGAUUGCCGCUAAAUUACAUCGAUAAUGGGCAUCAGAUAUCGUACCAGCCGUAUGCGGGGGCCUAUAACACGCACUACCCGCCGCCGGAUGCGUUCGCGGCGUAUGGGCCUCCUCCCCCGGGAGGAUAUGCCCCUCAGAACCUGUCAUAUGCGCCCCCAGCACACCAGAACUACCCCCAUCAUCAAAGUUUUCCCCCACAACAGCCCCCACAGGCACAGUUGCAUAUGGCUCAGUCUCAUAUGGUGCAAGGCUACGGCGAGGUGGGCGUGCACAAGGCCGCGUGGCCGCCGCAGCCCCACCUGCUGGCGCCGCUGGAUGCGCAGAAACCGCUCGACGUCAAGCAGCUCAAGCCAGAGAUCAAACUCGAGCCCACAGACGCACUCAAACGACCGCAUGCUGAGGAUAUGAUGGGCGGAAGCAGGACCGGCUAUGAAAUGCGAUGUCUGUUGCAGAGCGGAGACCUGGAUCAGCCCAAGAUUAAGAUCAAGACAGACAUAUUCAAGCCUGAUGACCUCCCUCACCGACCCGAUGUUGACAAACCCCGCGAUGUCCCUCAAAAACCCAUGGAUGUUCAGAAACCAGCGGAUCUGCAGAAUAAAGAUGAAGGUCAACCAGUUAUCAGUGACAAACCAGGCGAUAAACCUGCAGAAGCAUCGAAACCGGAAGGCGCGACAGAGGGCGCUGCCGACGCACAACGACCCCCUGAAGUCCCCGUUACACCGGAGAAAAGCCAAGAAGACAGAAAACCCUUCAGCAGUCCUGACCUGAGCAAAUCCGGAAUCACCCCUGGGAAAAUGUCAACUCCUGGCUCAGAGCCUAAGAAGCGUGGGCGACCGAAGGGCUCGACGAACAAGCCGAAGCCCCCCGGCGCCCCCGGCACGCCCGGCAAGGCGCCGCCGCCCGGCGCGGGCGUGCUGCGGGCGCCCGCCCCGCGCCCCGCGCCGCCCCCGCAGCGGCCCCGCGCGCCCGGCUACCAGUACGCCGUCAGACCCUUCAGGAAAGACUUCUCCGGGAUACAGUUCAGAAGGCGAUGGAGCGACGACUGCCUGGAUUCCUCGCACAUUCCCAACGAGGUAUACUUCGGUGACGUGCCCGUCUCUAUGGAGGUGCUGUUCAACUACUACGACGCCAAUGCGGAGCGCGAGAAGCUGGCCGCGCAGGCCGCGCACAUCGCUGCGCAGAAGGCCGCGGCCGCUAAACUUGCAGCCGCCAAGCUGCAGGCGCGAGGAUUGCUUACAAACGAGGUUACGACAGUGGAUUCGUCGUCAUCAGACGAAAGCGACUCAGAAGGCAGCGACUCUGAUGAGUCUGAUGAGGACACCCCUCUAAAGAAGGGCCCGGGGCGGCCGAAGGGUACGAAGAACACCCCCCGCCCCCCGGGAGCGCCGGGCGCCACCCCGGGCAAGCGCGGCCGACCGCCGGUGCCGCCCGAGCUGCGCGAGCCCGGCAUCACGGACAUGAAGAAAUUCUGCAAGGCGGCUGGCAUACGCUUCGAUUAUAAGAAACUCGUUGAAGGUUGCACGAAAAACAAGGAGCGAGUGGGCAAGAUGAUGGAGCUGUUAGUUCAAGCAGGGCUGGAAGGUAAACCGACCUUAGAGAAAUGUAAAGCGUUGAAACAAGCCAAGAUUGACAAGAAGGAACAAGCCAAGCAGGCGAAGAAAGAGGCCAAGACGAAGGUCAAAGAGGAGGAAGGCGACAAGGAGACUAGUGUGUCGCGGCGCAUGACGCGCGGCGCGACGGGCGUGAAGCCGCGCCAGCGCAUCGUGAUCUCGUCCGACGAGGAGGACGACACGCCCGCCGCGCGCCGCACGCUGUCCAAGCUGCGCUCGAGUGUCAACGAUGACUCUGAUACCGACUAGGUAAUCGCAUCUGUCUCUGAUAAGAGCAAAGACAAUACGAGUAUCGUGCGCAGUGACAUUAGUAACGUAAGACAGUGCAAUGGAGGUGCGCGAAAGUGUCUGUGACGUCAUCGAUUCCUACUAACUUUAGCUUAUAUGUGGACUAGGCAACUGUGGGACGCUGUGGCAAACUAUGUGACAUUUUGUUAUAGUAGAAACAUUUUUAUGACUAUCGUUCCGAAAGUUUGAACCUGUAUUUGUGAAAAAUGAAAUAGGAAUACAAUAAUUGACUACAUGACAGUUUUCGGAAAAGUAUUUUCAAUACUACAAUUGCUAAUUUUACAUCUUAAAACAUUUUAUUUUCUCGAAAAAGCUUUAUAUAAUAGAAAAAAAAAACAAUUUUCUUCAAUUAUUUUAAAUUUCGCACCAUAACGGUUGGUUACGUGACAUUUUGCCCAGUGACGUCAAAGUUCAACAAAGAAACUGUCAAACAGCAUUACUUGAAACCUGACAGAUAGUUUUUGUUUAUUUUAUGAAAUGUGACGUCACACGAAGCUCAAUCAUGGCCGCUCGAAAACAGAAACAUCGGGUUUUGUUAUACACACACAAAAAACGCAUUUUUAUUUUGUAAAAAUAAAAUAUUUAAAAAUGAUCUCAAUAAAAAACCUUUUGGAUAAUUAUCGUUAAAUGAUAGACUACCAUAUCGGACAUAUUUCGUAUUUUAUUGUUACAAGUGUCAAGUAGUCAAUUUUAGGUCGGAAAUUCAGGUUUAGGUCGGAAAUUCAGUUUUAGGUCGGAAAUUCAGUUUUAGGUCGGAAAUUCAGUGGUUUUAGCUAAACUUGACGGUAGUUCAUAAUAAUAAUAUAGUGUUCGAAUAUCUCAUCACUCGCCUUAAUAUUUUUUUUAUGUCGAAGUAAUUACAGUAUAAAUUAUUUACUGAAAAUAUAAUGCCAAUUUGCUACAGCGUCUCAAAAGUUGCAUUGAAAUUGUUCUGUGAACUAAAAUCGGAUUUACUUUUUUUAUUGUUUCUAGUUUAUAAAACGGCAAUGCAAAGUUGAACAUUUAAUUUUAUACUUGUGUUCUUACAGUGAGUUUAUAGGGCUUUUAUGGUUUAAACAUUAUUUUCACAUAGAAAUCUUUCCGGGCGACUAAAGGUAUCCAAUAAUCAGCCUGUUUACAUCACACUGCUGGGCACUGGCCUCCCCUCCAGCUAGAGGGGGUAUGGAGCGUAGUCCACCACACUGCUCCACUGCAGUGGAGAUACAAUAAUGGUCUUGCUACACAAAAAUAACCGAGAACUGUCCAUCCAACAAGUGUUCGACGCUUGUUUUGUUUUGGUAUGUUUUGUACCUCUAUAUUGGUGCUGAUUCCUGUAAACACCAUCGGAUUUUAUUUUACGUUAUACCUGUCAUUUUCUUAUCCGCCAAAAAGGAAAGGGACAGGCAUAAAAUUUAUGGAACACACGUCAAUAUUAGGCAGGAAUUUUAAAAACUCCCAAAUUUAUAUAUUGGCCAAUAACCCGACAAAAUUAAGUUAGUAACAGCACACGUCAAACGGUUAACAUACCAGCGAGAUGCCUAUUUUAUUCGCCCGGGUUAUUCAUUUAUUUUAAAUUGACAGUUGUCAAUCAUCCGUCCCUUUCCUUUUCGGCGGAUAAGAAUAUGACAGGUAUAACUUAAAAUAAAAUUAGGAUAUGUCUGCAGGAAUCGGGGUCAUUAUCAAUAUUAUUUAUUCAUAGUAAGAUACCCUAUAUAUAUAACCUAACCUGUAUUGGGCUGGGUUUCCCUUCGCGGGUUGGAAGGUCGGACAGGCAGUCGCUUCUGUAAAAAAAACCAGACCUGUCAAAUCUUCAGGUAGGUAAGCGGA